GCGAAGCCCGACUCGAGUCAGUCCGUAUCUCUCGGGCCCGAGCUCGACAGGCUCACAGGCGCGUCCGCGACGCGUACGGCUCUCCAGUCAACCAUGGCGACCGUGACCGUCGCGGCGCGCCCGCCGCUGGCCAAGGCGAGAGGGCCGUCCUCCGCUGGCAAGGGUCGCGCGCGGAAGGCCCACUUGCCCUCCUUGAACACCAGCCCGUCCGCGUAUGACCGCACGGACCCGUUCGCGGCGCUCAACGUCCUCCGCACGCUCCUCGCGUCGCUGCCCGCACGGAUCGGCGGGUGCGCGUACAAGCUCACGCCGGAAGAGCACCGGCUCUCGCUGCACCUCCUCACCAUCGUGGAGCCCUUCGUUGGGCUGGCCCCACAGAGGAGGACGCUCACGCGCCAGCCGACGGAGAUCCUCGACGCGAUCGUCUUCCACCUCGACGAAAAGCGCGACCUGCUGAACCUCGCGCUGGCGUGCAAGCGGCUGCACGGGAUCAUCUUCCCGCGGCACUACGAGUACCGCGUCGUGCGCUGCAAGAUCAGCAGGCUCGCGGUGUGGAACCACCUCGCUGUCCAUCGUGGCCUCGCGCGCAAUGUACGCCGGCUCGAGAUCAUGGACGAGCGAGGCACGGAGCCCGAGUCGGUUCCCUCCGAUAUCCUGAACACUGAUACCGACCUGGAGUCUACGGAUGAUGAACUCGGCAUGCACGACAAGCAGGAGCGCGUUCUCGUCUCCGCAUUGGCGCGGAUGACUGCCCUUGAGUCGUUCGUGUGGUCAUGCGGCCAUUCGCCGAUCUCUAUCGAUCAGGUCUGGCCGACCCUGCUCAAAUGUCAGAGCCUGAAGAAUGUGCAGAUCAAUGACAAUCUUGUCUUCGCGCCCAGCGAGCUGGCUCCGACGGAGGGGCAGACCAGCAAGAACAAGAGGCGGCAGUACGUCUUGCCCGCAUUGAAGACGAUCAGCUUGCAAUCCACCAAGUACGCGUAUGGCGCGUCCAAGAACCCAGAGAUGACCCGCAUUUCCCGCAUGCUCACGAAUUGCCCGGUCCUCGAGUCUCUGAGCAUCGCGUACCAGCCCAGGCGCGCGCCGGGCUUCUACUUACCCGCGGCAGAUGACCUCUUGCUCUGUGCGCGCUGGUCCACCCUCCGUACGCUGGUUCUCUCCAAUUUGCGCUGCUCCGCGCUUGCUGGUCCGGAUGCCGUAGCAUCGUUUCUAGCUGCACAUGUGCAGCUGGAGGUCCUCCACCUUGACUUGUCUUUCGGACAAGCAAGGACGUCAAUCUGCUUACCGGAUGAGACCCUACCGAAGCUGAAGGAACUCAAGGCCAGUCGAGAGAUGGCGAACGCCAUCCUCGCUUGCCCGGUAUUACCUACAGUGACUCAUCCUGAGGGUCGUCCGCUCGAGACGCUGAAGGGAUUGAAGUUGGCUGGACCUGGUGGAGACGCAUUCGUAGCGAACCUCCGGGCUUUCGGACAAACAGUGAAGCGCAUCGAACUUCUCGGUUACACCGACAUGGACGAGAUCAGGAAGCUCUCGGAUGCAGCCCCGCAGCUCACCUGGCUGGACGUCGGGAAGCGGAUCGAUGGACAUGGGGCAGCAGGUGCCGCAAUGGGCGUGGACAGAGCUGGGCGGCCGGCACCUGCGAUCGCGACCAAUUUCGCCGAAUGGGCAAGCGUGCUCGCGCACUUCCCAUCGCUUGCUACUUUCCAUGGUGCACGCUUCUUCUACGAGAUCGCUCCCUCGGCGCUUGCGCAACCGUCAGCUGCAUUCGUGCACAACUCCUCGUCUGGUCCGCACGCAAUGGCCACUAUACCCCUUGCCCCGUCAGAGCGCACGCGCUUGCCGAUCACGCCGUCAGAUCGCAGUCGGAUGCGCAAGAACGAGGAGGUCGCUGCGACCCUCGCAUGGAAAUGUCAGAAGCUGCGGAGGCUCGACCACUGGGAAGAGGGUACGGGACGCGUCGUCAUCCUACUCAGAGACGGCGAUAAGGUUAGGUAUGAGGUCAGAAGGGUCAGAGUCUAGCAUGUUGUUGGUAAGUACUAUGAGGGGGAUCCGUUCCGAUGGUGAAGUAUGAGCUGCGUAGGCGAUGUAUGCGCAAAUGUUACCCAACUCUCACCGCGUACCUUCCUGUUCAUGUCAUUCGUGUGAAUACUGUCAACAUACCUAUGCAGUGGACUCUUACAUCACGAACAGACCCUAUCUUCCAAUUUUCAGCGCGAAAUCCAUGCAUAUACCAGUCCGACGACUCAUCAGUAAGUUGGCCAUCUCUCGCAUGCGCCGUAGCAAGGAGAUUGGAUGAUCGGCAGGGCAGAACAGGUGUAGCAGCUUACAAUAUCUGAACCGCAGUUCUGCCCAAAGACAAAGAUAAC